CUUCCUAGCUGAGAUAUUGGAGCAGCAGGCAGGUGGGGAGCCAUCAGAUUUCCUUAGCUGAGAAGGAAGACAGAGGUCAGCAUGCUGAGCCUCCCCCUGCUGCUGUUGCUGCUCUGGGGCGUGGGGUCUCAUGGCUUCCCAGCAGCGCCUUUAAAAAUGCAAGAGGAUGCUGAGCAGACGGUCCAGCAAUACUUGGAGAAGUUCUAUGACCUGAAGAGUGAUGGGGAACAAAUUGGAAGGAACAGAAAGAGCAGCCUCGUGGUUGACAAACUGAAGCAAAUGCAGGAAUUCUUUGGGCUGAAAGUGACUGGGAAGCCAGAUGCUGAAACCCUGGAGGUGAUGAAGCAGGCCAGAUGUGGGGUGCCAGACGUGGCUCCGUUCGUCCUCACUGAGGGAAACCCUCGGUGGGAGCACACAAACCUGACCUAUAGGAUUGAAAAUUACACACCAGAUUUGUCAAGGGUAGAUGUGGACCAUGCCAUUCAGAAAGCCUUUCAACUCUGGAGUGCUGUCACACCCCUAACUUUCUCCAAGGUCUCUGAGGGCCAAGCAGACAUACUGAUAUCCUUCGUCAGGGGAGAUCAUCAUGACAACUCUCCCUUUGAUGGACCUGGAGAAAUCCUUGCUCAUGCUUUUCAGCCAGGCCCACGUAUUGGAGGGGAUGUUCAUUUUGAUGAGGAUGAAACAUGGACCAAAGAUUUCAGAAAUUACAACUUGUAUCAUGUCGCUGCUCAUGAAUUGGGCCACUCUCUUGGACUCUCUCAUUCUACUGAUAUCGGGGCUUUGAUGUUCCCCAGCUACUCCUUCAGCGGUGAUCUUCAACUCUCUCAGGAUGACAUCGAUGGGAUCCAGACCAUAUAUGGACGCUCUGAAAAUCCCAACCAGCCAAUGGGCCCCCAAACCCCGGAAGUGUGUGAUAGUAAACUAACCUUUGAUGCUAUCACUACGAUUCGAGGAGAAGUGAUGUUUCUCAAAGACAGGUUCUACAUACGCAUAAGUUAUUACUACCCGGAACCUGAGCUCAAUUUCAUCACUACCUUCUGGCCAAAUCUGCCAAAUGGAAUUCAAGCUGCUUAUGAGUUUGCAGAUAGAGAUGAAGUCCGGUUUUUCAAAGGCAACAAGUUCUGGGCCGUCCAGGGGCAGCAAACGCUGCCCGGAUACCCCAAGGACAUCUACCGUUCCUUUGGCUUCCCUAGAAGUGUGAAGAGCAUCGAUGCUGCUGUUUUUGAGGAAGAAACUGGGAAAACAUACUUCUUUGUUGCUGACAAGAUCUGGAGGUAUGAUGAAUACCAACGAUCCAUGGAUGCAGGUUAUCCCAAACCGAUAGCAGCUAACUUUCCUGGAAUUGGCAACAAAGUUGAUGCGGUUUUCCAGAAAGAUGGAUUUCUCUAUUUCUUCCGUGGAAAAAGGCAGUACAAAUUUGAUCCUAAAACAAAGAGAAUUUUGACUCUCCAGAAAGCUAACAGCUGGUUCAACUGUAGACGAAAUUGAUCGACUGUUUCAACAUUGAACAGAAAAAUAUAUUUCAAGAGCCCAAGGAAGGCAUUUUCCUGAAAAGCCAUAUAUUUUUUAAAAAUUCUGAGCUAUUUAGUAUAAUUUUAUUUACACCUCAUUCUGCAUGAUUUAGAAUGCAAUACUUUAUGUACUUUUAUAACUUAGUUCUACAGAUGAGUGCUAAGAAAGGUCAAAUUUCAUAGCUUAUCGAUACAUAUGGGCCAGUUUUGCAAAGACAGAAGCUCUUUUACAAAGUGUCAGACUCUACAUUAAACCUGGGAGCAGCCACGGUGAUGAAUGUCUCCUCCCAAAAAAGAAAGAGACAGAGAUCCGAGUCUACACCAGAGAAAAAGCAGCUUGAGAAAAAGUGCGCAGCCACUACCUACUCUCACCCUGAAAUGCCAGGGACAGCUUUUGUUACAGAAAAUAAAAUGUUUUAUGUUUAUAAUAAA